AGCACGGCAACACUCACAACCUCCCUCUCUCGACCUCUCCGCCCACUUUCUCUCUCUAAAAACACUUUCUCUCUCCAAAAUCUCCAUAUAAAGUGCCUCUCAAUUUUUCAUCUCUCUCCUCAACUCUCUCUCUCUCUCUCUCUGUUGAAAUCGCAGCUCUUUUUUGAAUCAGAAUGGCUGUGGUUUUCCAAGGAAUCGGAGCUGCAACAGCUAUUUCAUCGGCCAAUUCAUUGGAUUCCAAAAAAUUUCACUUCUCGUCUCGCACAUCGAUUUCGUCAGAGAGAAAAGCAAGGUUUUUGGUGGUAAGAUCUGAUGGGAGGUCGAACUCUGGUCCAAAUCCCAGAGCUGAACAAUUGAUUACCAAGGCAGUUGCAACGAAGGCUGAUAGUUCGACAGCUUCUACUGGGUCUAAACCUGGGCAUGAGCUUUUACUUUUUGAAGCUCUUCGUGAAGGCCUGGAGGAAGAAAUGGAGAGAGAUCCACGUGUGUGCGUAAUGGGUGAAGAUGUGGGUCAUUAUGGAGGGUCAUACAAGGUUACAAAAGACUUGGCCAAUAAAUACGGUGAUCUCAGGGUUCUCGACACCCCCAUUGCUGAGAACUCUUUCACAGGCAUGGCCAUUGGAGCUGCCAUGACUGGCCUUCGACCAAUUGUUGAGGGAAUGAACAUGGGAUUUCUCCUUCUAGCUUUCAACCAGAUAUCCAACAACUGUGGAAUGCUCCACUACACAUCGGGUGGCCAGUUCACAAUCCCGGUGGUUAUCCGUGGACCCGGCGGAGUCGGUCGGCAACUAGGGGCCGAGCACUCACAACGCCUCGAGUCUUAUUUUCAAUCAAUUCCCGGAAUCCAAAUGGUGGCAUGCUCAACCCCAUACAAUGCCAAGGGCUUAAUGAAAGCUGCCAUUCGAAGUGAGAACCCAGUGAUACUUUUCGAGCAUGUUUUGCUUUAUAAUCUCAAGGAGAGAAUUCCCGAUGAAGAGUACGUGUUGAAUCUUGAGGAAGCAGAGAUGGUUAGGCCCGGGGAGCAUGUUACUAUCCUAACUUACUCCAGAAUGAGGUAUCACGUGAUGCAGGCUGCAAAGACAUUGGUGAACAAGGGUUACGAUCCUGAAGUUAUUGAUAUCAGGUCACUGAAACCGUUCGAUCUAUACACAAUUGGGAAUUCAGUGAAAAAGACGCAUCGUGUGCUGAUUGUUGAAGAGUGUAUGCGGACAGGUGGAAUUGGGGCUAGCUUGACAGCAGCUAUUAAUGAGAAUUUCCACGAUUAUUUGGACGCGCCGGUUGUAUGUUUGUCAUCACAGGACGUGCCGACACCAUAUGCCGGGACUUUGGAGGAAUGGACUGUGGUUCAGCCGGCCCAGAUUGUUACUGCAGUCGAGCAGCUCUGCAGGUAAUUGCAGCCAGCUAAAAUGCUCGUGUCAACAAUGCCAGGUUCUUAUCCAUUCUAGUUUCAUAAGUUUUGCUUUGAAUUGCCAUUGAAUUUGUGGUUUUGAUACAGUGUUAAUAAAGAACUUGAAAUUGUUCACAGACACCCCCUUGAAAUUGUUCA